GAGGAGGAGGAGGAGGGUGGCGGUGGGGGGGUCGGGAGACAGAUGGAGCGAGACUAACGUGGCCUGUCUCGCGCCGUUUGGCCUACAUUUUUAGCCGCCGCCGCCGCCCCCUCGCUGGAGACGUUUUUGUCGGCGCAACACUCGACUGCGCUCGUGUGACUGUUGCACUUCAUCGCCGACGCAAAAAAAAAAAAAAAAAAAAACGUUGACGUCGACUGUCAGACGUGCGGUGAAAAGAUUUUACACAACGGUUUCUAAUAGAAAUUUUCCUGAAGAAAUUUUCUAAUAGAAAUAGCAAAUGUAGCGAUUAUUUUCUAUUCUCGUCUGUCAAUCGUAAGACUGACACGCGGCCACCGUUCACCUUAUGUCAAGUACUUACAUCGAGCUAACCGUGAAAUAAGUAAUAAUUCAUCAUCAAAACAUCAUUAUAUUACACUGCAAUAUAGCAGAUAGCAUGCACAGGCACAGUUGUCGUGAUUACGACGUACGCCACGUUGCCGUCAUAUUUGGGGAAAUCCAGUCGAAGAGAACCGAACCCAGGCAGGAAUCGCGCAAACCUUUUGGGUAAUUGUGGCGCCCCCCACAGGAGGUUCACGCUGAACUGCAAUCGGCGCCAAAGCAAUACUGUUAAAAUGACCUGAGCACAAAGGUAGUGGAUUUGUUUUCUUCGCAUAAAAGGAGGAUAGGUCCGUCGUCCAUUUUCGGAGCCGCUUAUCCUCACAGGCGUCGCGGGGGGGUUGCCGGAACCUAAUUUCGGGCAAAAGGCGGACUCACGCCCUGAACUGGUCGCAAGGCACAUAUCACUGAGCGGGAAUCGGUCCGACGUGUGUACCGCUGCACCGUCAGUGACCCAAGGAGGAUCUGCCGACCCCAAAAAUCUGCGGAUGUUGAAUCUGUCUUCCUUGACAGCACCAUCACAAACUGCACGUAAAAAGGCCCCAGUAGACAGUGAUUUUGAACAGUGGACCUUUUCGCUGCGAGGCACAAUUGAUACCCGCUCCAGCACUGGACGUGCGACGGUCCCCACUUUGCUUCGCCUCCAAAUUCCGAAGAGAUUAACAUGAGCUCAACCGAUUUGUGGCCGAUGCCGACUUUCGAUCGGCCGGGCAGACUUCGGUUACGGACUGUGUGUGCGUCGCACUUUUGUCCACCGCAAAGUGUCUUCUUUUUUUUUUUUUUUUUUGGUUUUAUGCCGCAACGCGAGUGACGUUGGCAACAGCCGCCCGUCGAUUCCAGCUUCCUGUUAGAGUAGCGGGCGCUCGCCUGUCUUUCCUGUCGACCUGUUUUUGAGUCCUAUUUUUUUUUUGUACGAUUGCGGUGCGUUUAAGCACCUCGCACCAUUCUGAGCACACUAAAACAAGGCAGCUAACACUAAUCAACACACGCCCUGAACCACUAUGCUUUUAAAUAACUUUUUUUUUUUUUUUUCUGUAUCAAGUACCCCAAACAUAUACUUGAAAUGGUUUAAGAAAAUGAGGGAUUGCGUACUUUAGAUUUCCAGUUGUGACUUGAGGAUGUUGAAUUGUGAGAUAUUUGGAUUCCGCUAACGUGAAUUUUCUCUUGAAACGUUCACUGCCAUUGACGGCUUUAGACGUCCAAUAUCCACGUUAAGCGGGAACUCUUCCGCUCGAGUCUUCUUAAAGAGGACAUCCAGUGCUUUGCAUGAAUAGUGUAUCCGAUAUGUCAUGUAAUAUGUACUCUAUUUUGACAAUGUGAUGUUAAAUCCUCUCUCAUGUUAUCGUGUUUUGAGAAGAUUUUUUUGUCAACAAUUACGAAUUUUCACGGGCGCUGCCAUUUUCACAAGUCACAUGACCUACGUGCGCGGAUAUGACAUGUUAUGUGCCGCUACAAAGGCUCGAAUGCACGGGACACCCUUUAUGCCUAGCACUGAUUUCUCGGAUUAAUCCUCAUCAGAGCGGCACAGCUCCGGGGCUCCGGCUGUGUAUGGAAGCAUUCCUCCGUCUUCCCCAUCCACCAAAACUGCUAUUUCUUUAUCAGAUGAGGAUAAAUCUGAGAAAUCGAAACGCGCACGUAGGCCAUGUGACUCACAAAAAAUGGCAGCGCCCUUGACAAUUCGUAAUUGUCGAUUCAAAAAAUCUUCUCAAAACACUUAAAUGAGAGAGGAUUUAACAUCACAUUGUCAAAACUAAAGUACAUAUUACAUGCAAACCAGUGGAAUUCUUCUUUAACAGGUCUUCGGAGCGCGUCAAGCUACUUUUGAUCGUGCUUUGUCGGCCCGCCCGGCUCAUUUUUAGUUUCGCUUUCUUUUGGCCGUCUGUCGCCAGUGUUCGCAAAGAACCCUCCUCACGUUACUUUGGUUUUGUGAUCAUUUUGGCAGGAGUUUGAAGCAUAUGUUUGAGGGAAAAAAACUAAACAAUGGUGUUGGUUUUAAGCCGCCAGGUGUGCAUUAUCUGCUUCUUUUGUUAGCGUGAGAGCGAGCAAUCGAAAAUGUCCGCGACUGUUUUGUGUGAGAUGGAGGAUGAGAGCAUGUGUGUGUGUGUGUGUGUGUGUGUGUGUGGUGUGUGUGUGUGUGCGCUUCAAUAAUAUUCAACCCUCCAGUUGCAACCUUGAACUUGACACCCGUUGUAUUUAUGAAAAACCAAAACAAGUCUCCCCCCAUCACUCCCCCUUAUGUACUGUAUUUUUUUUUUUAUAAGCAGCCUUAUUAUUUUAUUAUUAUUGUUACUAAGAUGAGCAAGGUCAUGCCCUAUGUCGACAGAAGUACGUUUGUGGCCUUCAGUGAUGAAACAAAAAAAAAAAAUUGUUGGCGAUCAGUCAAGGUAAAUAAUAUGCCAUGGUAGCGUUUUAGGGGACUCGGGAAAAGUAGGGGUUUUUUUUGUACAGUAGAGCAAAUAUCACACAUAAUCAUGUUAUGGUUAAAUCUUGGAAUAAUGUAAAUUGGCGCUUGAAUGAGACUUCAAUUGCAGAAAGGCUUUCAGGUGGUUUUUAUCUUUUUUUUUUUUCCUUCAUUUGGUGUGUAUGACAGAUGCCGUACGGCUCUUAUUUUUUUGUAUGUUAUCUCAUUGCUUGUUAUGUAAUAAAUGUAAGCACCAAAACAAAGCGUGUAGUGUCGGUCCUUGGCCACAAGACGGCGGCCACGAUCAGCGUGGAGGAAGUCAGACCAAGCGACGCGCUUGUCAAUUUAGUCCCAUCUGAGACGCCGUAGUGCGCCGCCGCUAGCUUAACUGCUAGCUAGCACGAUUAGUUUAGCUCUGUUUUUGGGACGGCCUAAAACGAGCGUUUUCAAGCACCGUUUCGACUUAACGUCGUAUUUUUUUUUACAAGCUCCGACCAUGUUUCCGACUCCAAGAUGACCACAAAGCUGUUAUGACCGACACUUAACCUCACUUUUAGCUGCUUCAGGUGACACCAGAGCAGACUCAUGCUUUCCGAUGAACUUGACUCCAAACCAGAGCUGCUGGUGCAGUUUGUCCAGAACGCGUCCAUCCCGCUGGUCCAGGGUUUGGAGGACCCCGAGCCCAAGCACCCCUGCCUGCCGCUGCUGACCCCCGUCGGGGGCUCUCUCUGCGGACACCUGCAGCUCGCAGAUGGCGCGCUGAGCCCCCCACCGGAGAGUGCCUCGUCGCUGUCGGAGCUGGGGGGCGCGUCGGAACGGAGCCCGCCGGCGCUGCAGCAGACCCAGGCCGCCCACCCGCGGGCCUCGCCCAGCCCGCCGGCCGUCCUCCACGACCUCCAGCAGUCGGACGGCACCUCCUACGUCCUGCUCAACCUGGCCAAGGGCAUCACGGCCUCCUCGGAGUCGCUCAUCUUCGCCUCGGACGGGACCGGCGACGACGAAGACGUCUCGUCGGGGGACUACGGCCUGGACGGCAGCGCCCCGUGGUACCUGCGGGUGCAGGAGCUGGCCCACGACAGCCUGAUCGCGGCCACGCGGGCGCAGCUGGCGCGGGACGCCAAGGCCAGUCAGGACGCCAGAGCGGCCGUCAACGGCGACCACACGCACGGCUGUCCGUCGGAAGGCGACGAGCGAGAGGCGACGGCGCCCGUCCCGGUGCCGCCGCCGCCGCCUACUCGGGGCGGGCGCCCCCUGGCCCCCAGGCAGAUCCUCCGCUGCUCUUUCGAUGGCUGCUGCAGGACCUUCACUUGGCCCGCCCACCUCAAGUAUCACCUCAAAACGCACAGGAACGACCGCAUGUUCCGCUGCGCGGCGGAGGGCUGCGGCAAGAGCUUCUACGUGCUGCAGCGUCUUCAGGUCCACAUGAGGACGCACAGCGGCGACAAGCCUUUCGUAUGCAAGGAGAGCAACUGCGGAAAGAAGUUCACCACGGCCGGAAACCUCAAGAACCACAAGCGCGUGCACACCGGAGAAAAGCCUUUCGUGUGUGAAGCAGAUGGCUGUGGGCGCUCCUUCGCCGAGUAUUCCAGUCUGAGGAAACACAUGCUCGUGCAUUCUGGCGAGAAGCCUCACCACUGCGGGAUCUGCGGCAAGACGUUCUCUCAGUCCGGAAGCAGGAACGUCCACGUUAGGAGACGGCACGGGGAGGAGGGCCUCGCGGCGGAAAGCAGGGAAACGGGAGAGGCUUUGACGCGCAGCAGCCUUCUGGAGGCCGACGGUGACGACGGCAGCGGCGGCCUCGUCGCCAUGGCCGCCGGCGUGGAUGCCGUCAAUCUCCAUCACGCCAUGCUCAGGUCACCAGGUCCGGCGGAUUCUGUGAGCGUUCUCUCUCCUCCGCACCAACUGGUCACCAUGACGACAGAGGGCGCCCCCUACGGAGAUGUGGUGGCGCUGUUGUAAAAAAAAACAAGCGGAAACUACAAGUUGAGACUCUUGUACUUAUUCAUUAAGGGUGAAGGGUUUUAUUUUUUUGAAUAAGUGUCAAAUGUCGACAUUUGUAUAAAGAAAAAAAAAAGUCCCAAAGAAGAUAUGACGGGUUUAUGAAAACGUUGUUGUUACUUACCUCCGCAAACGUCAACGUCACACGCGC